AUGUUACGGAGGACGCGCAGGUCGCUGUUGCAGCUCGCACUUGUCUGUAUAGUCGUCUACUUGGUCUUCUCGCUUGUCGGCCCAUCGGCGCCCAAACUUUACUCGUGGAAUACGAUCCGCUACCAAUCAACGGCAGCAAGCCUCCCUGAAGCUCGAGGCUUAUGUCUUGGUCUCGAAAAUAGCUCCAAGCCCGCUCUGAUAGUUUCGCAUGUCGCUGCUGAUGGCGACACUGCUUGGCUGCAACGUCUCUCAUCCAAGUACCACCUCUGCAUUUACGAGGUUGAUGCGCCUGACGAUCCCACUGUCAAACACCUUCGCGUACCUGCCAAUCGUGGCCACGAAUCUAUAACUUACCUUACCUUCCUCAUCGACAACUACGACUCGAUAUCCCAAGCUGGCGCUGUCUUCGUGCACGGCAACCGGUUCCAGUGGCACAAUGACGACCCGCUGUACGACAAUGCAGCCAGUCUGGCCGCCUUGAACAUCCCAUCUGCACUCUCAACCACCGGCUACCACAACCUCCGAUGCGACUGGAGCGUAGGCACUUGUCCCCGAGACUCCGGACCCCCUCAGGGGAGUCUCGAAACAAGCUUCAACUCCAUCCUCCAACCCUGGAGUGCAAGGACCGUCUCAGAUGCCGCCAUGCCACACGCAUUCGCCGUCUUGUUCGGUGGAGAUGACUAUCUGAGAAAUGGAAAGAGCAAGGGACUGAAACUCGGUAGAAGUGACACUUUGCGUGCGCAAUGUUGUGCUCAAUUCGUCGUCUCCAGGGACUCGAUACACCGUCAUUCGCGCGAAGAGUAUGUUGCCCUACGGCAAUGGCUUCUUGAUGGCUACGGCAUGUCGAGGAACUCCAAUGCUGCCUCUCGCGACGACCGUAUUGCUGGACGUGUGUUGUCAUACCUCUGGCAUAUUCUGUUUGUGCCACAAGAGGACGGCCCUGUGGACCUGGACACGCUGAACAAGCAAGCAUGCCCCAGUGCUGCUGAUUGCUACUGCAAGUUAUAUGGCAAAUGCGAUCUCAACUGCAACGCCAGAGCUUGCUAUGGACAGUAUCGGCUGCCGCCGAACAUGCGUCUUCCUGACAACUGGGCCGAACUCCACGGAAAUGAUCUGUAUGUCGUGCAAGAGCCUGGAGUCAAAGCCCUGCACGGAAGGUUGUAUCCUAAAGCCUUUCAGCCUUGA